UACAAUGUCUAUAAUGUGCAACCAUAUUUAGAUAAAUUAAAAAUCAUAUAAAAAAAAAGGUACGUGCAUUAAACGCAAAAACAAAGUUAAUUGAUUUGUAUACCAUGGAUAAUUCACUACAGUCAAAAAGUAAAUGCAUACUACCAAGACAAAUAAGAAAAAUUACUGCAAUUCAUAUUCAAUAGUAUCGGAUCUGUCACGGUUCAAUCUCCGAGUAAUUGUAUGGAAUUUGUAGUAAUUUCCGAUUGUCGUUACCAUUUUCGAAUAGAUUAAAACACAUAAACGAUAGGUAAAUUCUCUUUUAUCCUGCUUCUUCUCUUUUUCUUUUACUUGAAAUAUGACGGUAAUAACAGAAGACAAGUAUGCGCUUGUAGAUGCUAUUCUAUCUGCAAAUAGCUAUUAUGGAGUACUAGGUUUAACAGAAGACUCAACCAUAGACGACAUUCGAAGGGCAUAUAUUAGAAAAAGUAGGAUUUGUCAUCCAGACAAAUUUGUACCACCUCAUCCAAAUGCAACAAAGAGUUUUCAAAUCCUAUCUACAGCUUAUAUUACCUUGAGCGAGCCUACCAAAAAACUUACUUAUGAUACGCAACAGAAAACUGGACAGUUGAGUCAGUUUCCUUGUUGUUCGGAAGACAAUGCUAUUGAUAUCUUUCAGCAAGUGAUUCAACAGCUUUAUAUUGAAAUUAUGGAUGGGGAAUUCCGGACGUUACGCACAGUUAUACGCGCAAUGAACGAAGCAAAUACAUUUAUUCAGAUGAAUGAUGACUCUUUGUCUAUUGUCGAAGCAGGUAUUUUGAAAAUAAGAGACAUUAUACUAUGUAAGUCAAACAAGACAAGUCAUAUCACACUAACAACGCUAUCAGCCUCAAGAAAGUAUUAUGGCAUUAUUCAAUUUGAGCUUUUGAAAAUAUACGAACUUCAAGAAGAAAUCAGGAGUCUGUCGUAUUUUGAUGUGUGGCGCCGAGUUUAUUUAUCGUUUAGGAUAGCAAAAACAAUCAUACAAAUACCGUUACUUAUCAAUAAUGAAAUCAAAAAGAGUCAAGGGAAACAUGAGCCCUUGGGACUUCAGAUAGAAUAUGGACUACAGCAUGUUAUGCAUCUUUUCGAAGCAGGCGAAGAAAUGUUAAACAUGGCUCCUUCUUCCCCAUUGUCUGAUGGUAGCAGUAGUGUAUUUUCAGAUAUUUAACAAUCAAAAUUUGGUAAUUGUUGAAUAAAGAAACUAAGCCCACUUCUUUUUAUAUAUAUAUAUAUAUAUAAACAGCAUGUAUUGAAU